UUGAGUCUAUGGUUCAGUCCACUAAUGGCGUAUCUUCCGGUAACACACGUUAUAACGUCAAAAUGGCUAAGAAAAAAGGUGAUGAGAAAGUGAAUCAAACCCCUCAAAGUGAUAAUGAAGAACAAAACUUUGAAGAGGAGCCAAAUUUUGAUGAUCCGGAAGGAUUCGUCGACGACAUUCCUGAUGAGGAAUUGUUGGCCGACCUCCUAGAGCAAAAGCCAAAGGAGUCCGAUGGUUAUGAGAAUGUGAUUGUGGUCGACGGAUGCCCGCAGGUCGGGCCCGAGCGUUUAGAGAAGUUACAAAGUGUAAUAAACAAGAUCUUCAGCAAGUUCGGAAAGAUUGUCAAUGAGUAUUACCCAACCACGGAGACUGGAGUCACGACUGGCUACAUUUUCUUGGAAUACAGCAAUCCCCAGAAUGCUGCCGAAGCUGUCAAAGCGACAAAUAAUUGUAAAUUAGACAAGCAGCAUACGUUUUUAGUGAAUUUAUUCACGGACUUUAAAAAAUAUUCGGAAAUUCCUGAAGAAUGGGAACCACCAUCACCACAACCGUUCAAGGUUCAAUCGGACCUGCAAUGGUACCUCAUGGACCCAGACUGUUAUGACCAGUUCCUGGUCGGAAUCGGUACCGGUGUGGCCCUGCAGGUGUGGCAGAAUGCCCUGCCGGAACCUGUUGUAUUACAGGAGAGACCUAAUUGGACAGAAACUUACGCGGUAUGGUCUCCCUUGGGCACGUACCUGGCUACCUUCCACUGGCGGGGUGUGGCACUGUGGGCGGGGCCUAAGUUCUCCCAGUUCCAGAAGUUCUUCCAUCCGGAAGCUAGGUUCAUUUCCUUCUCACCAUGUGAGAAUUAUAUUGUGACGUUUUCACCAAGCAGCGAUAGAGGGGAUGACAAGAAACUUAUCAUUUGGGAUAUUAGGACAGGCCAGGAGAAGCGUAGUUUCCCCCCGCCAGACGAGUACGUAACGUGGCCGAUAUUCCGCUGGAGUAAGGAUGACAAGUUCUUUGCUAGACUCGGCCAGGAUGUGUUGUCUGUAUACGAGACGCCUGGCUUUGGUUUGCUCGACAAGAAGUCUAUUAAGAUCCCUGGUAUAAGAGAUUUCAGUUGGUCACCUACUGAUAACACCCUAGCUUACUGGGUAGCCGAAGACAAGGAUGUCCCAGCCCGAGUAACACUCCUCGAGUUACCGAACCGCACCGAAAUCCGAUCAAAGAACUUAUUCUCGGUUGCCGACUGUAAGAUCCACUGGCAGAAGAGCGGAGAUUACCUCUGCGUCAAAGUAGACCGGUAUUCCAAAGUCAAGAAAGACAAGAACGAAAUAAAAUACUCUGGAAUGUACUACAACUUUGAGAUUUUCCAUAUGAGGGAAAAGGAGAUUCCAGUAGAUUCUGUUGAAAUUAAGGAGCCAAUUCAAGCAUUUGCUUGGGAGCCUGUCGGUUCUAAGUUCUCCAUUAUUCAUGGUGAUCCGGCGAAUAUUUGUAUAAGCUUCUAUCAAGUGAACACUGGCCAAGCUCCUACUCUGCUGAAGAAGUUUGAAAGGAAGCCGUUCAAUCAUUUGUUCUGGUCUCCAUCGGGACAGUUCAUAAUUUUGGCCAAUCUUGGGCUCACUGGUGGUGCUUUGGAGUUCUUGGAUACUAAUGACUUCACUAUUAUGAAUGUUUCACAUCAUUAUCAGAUGUCAGGUAUUGAAUGGGACCCAACUGGGCGUUAUGUGGUGACCAGCGUCUCUUCUCUCAAAUGCAAGAUGGACUGUGGUUAUUACAUCUGGUCCUUCCAGGGCAAGAUUCUUAGGAGGGUGAUGAAAGAAGGUUUCGCCCAAUUCCACUGGCGUCCUCGGCCGCCGACGCUGUUGUCUGAGAAGCAACAGAAGGAAAUCAAGAAGAACCUCAAGAAAUAUUACUCGCAGUUCGAAUCCAAGGAUCGCUUGCGCAGUAGCAAGGCCAGCAAGGAAUUGGUGGCCAAGCGUACUGAGCAGAUGAAGAAGUACGUGGAGUACCGCGAGGCCAAGUCUCAGGAGUGGGCCGAUCAGAAGCCGCGCCGGCUCGAGCUCAGGAAUUAUGUAGAUACAGACGGUCUGGACACCGACCAGGCCAACACAGUGGAAGAAGUUGUUGAAUUUUUCGUGAAAGAGGAACAAACCGUCAUCGAGUAGUCGCCAUUGCUCCUCAACGUUAGCGGCCGGCGUCCCCACUCCGGCCACCAGAAAAAUCCGGAAUAAUCCGGUUCAAACUCGACACAAUCAGUUUUUUUGUACUCUCGUCCCAUAGUCACAAACAUUGUAAUUCCAAUGUUCUUCAGUGUAAGACUUCGGUUUAUAAAUUAUACAAUAGGUAAUGUUUAUAGAAAUCAUAUUAAAUUUAUAUGUUUCAAACGGACAA